CGGCCGCAGAAUGUAAACACGCCGCGGCGCGCGGCCCGCCACGUGCGGAGCCCGAGCCGGCCGACGGGCCUCGGCCAGCCCCGGGCCGGCCGCGCACCGGAAGGCGCCUCAGACCCCGGACGAGGCCAAAAGACCACAAUCAUACAUUAGGCGUGUGCUGUCACACCUCUGGAGCGGGACAAGUUUCCUCUUUGUUCCGCAUGACAGGAGUCUGGUUUACAGUAGUUAACUUGCUGAGCUCCUACCUACAGACGUUGGCCCACAUCUGACUAUAAUCAGGAAACGGGAUUAUGAAAGUUACUUGUGUUCCCUCCUGUUCCCUGCAGAAUGUCGAAGCGCUGUUUCCGCACUGAGGGCCUUCAAUGUGGAGCUGGCUCAGGCUGGUUAAGGACUCAGUCUCAGAGAAAACAAUUGGACGGAUGCGAAUGCAGUUCUGGAAGAAAGCUGUGGAAGAUAUGUACUGUGACAACCCGCCUCAUCAGCCUGUGGCCAUUGAACUCUGGAAGGCUGUCAAGAGAUAUAACUUAACGAAAAGAUGGCUUAUGAGAAUCAUUGAUGAAAGAGAAAAAAAUCUGGAUGACAAAGCCUAUCGCAGUAUCCAGGAGCUUGAGAACUAUGCUGAGAACACGCAGAGUUCCCUUCUUUACCUGACGCUGGAGGUGCUGGGCGUGAGGGACCUUCAUGCAGAUCAUGCCGCAAGCCACAUUGGGAAGGCACAAGGCAUUGUCACAUGCUUGAGAGCAACGCCCUAUCACAGCAGCAGGAGAAAAGUGUUCCUGCCCAUGGAUGUCUGUGUGCAGCAUGGUGUUUCACAAGAGGACUUUCUACGGCGGAACCAAGAUAAACGUGUGAGAGAUGUAGUAUAUGACGUUGCCAGCCAGGCACAUUUGCACCUGAAGCAUGCCAGGUCCUUCUCCGGGAGCGUUCCUUCGAAAGCACUUCCUGCUUUUCUUCAGACGGUUUCUCUAGAGAACUAUUUAAAGAAAAUCCAGCGAGUGGAUUUUGAUAUAUUUCAUCCAUCUUUACAGCAGAAGAAUACAUUACUUCCGUUAUCUUUGUAUAUUCAAUCAUGGAGAAAAAAAUACUAAAAUGAUUUUGUCUUACUGAUAAUGGUUUUACUUUUAGUUUAUUGGUUUUAAAAAAUGUGUAUUUUGCAUACUAAAAUCUGUACACCUAAAGAAGCUAAGCAAGAAGGAGGACCCUGGGUAAGAUGAUCAAUCCUCACUCAGAAAGACAAAGGGGACGGACAAUGGAAGAAGGAAAAAAUAGGCAACAGAACAGGAGCCUACCACAGAGGGCCUCUGAAAGACUCUACCCAGCAGUGUAUCAAUGCAGAUACUGAGACUCAUAACCAAACUUUGGGCAGAGUGCAGGGAAUCUUAUGAAAGAAGGGGGAGAUAGAAAGACCUGGAGGGGACAGGAACUCCACAAGGAGAGCAACAGAACAAAAAAGUCUGGACACAGGGGUCUUUUCUGAGACUGAUGCUCUAAACAAGGACCGUGCAUGGAAAUAAUCUAGAACCCCUGCACAGAUGUAGCCCAUGACAGCUCAGUAUGCAAGUGGGUUCCUUAGUAAUGGGACCUGGGACUGUCUCUGACAUGAACUUGGUGGCUGGUUCUUUGAUCACCUCCCCCAGAGGGAGGAGCAGCCUUGCCAGGCCACAGAGGAGGACAAUGCAGCCAGUCCUGAUGAGCUAGGUCAGAUGGAAGGGGAGGAGGACCUCCCCUAUCAGUGGACUUGGGGAGGGGCAUGGGAGGAGAUGAGGGAGGGAGUGUGCUACAGCUGGCAAUAAUGAAUAAACUAAUUAAUACAAAAAAAUAAAAGUUUACUUAAAGAUG